UUGGUGUGAGUGAAGGAGCCGAAGGCGAAGGUGGUGGUGCUAGGAGCGCUGCUGAUAGGCUGGGCAAAAGGCUGUAUAUAACAGCUUGGAUGGCGCUGGCGGAAAUACGACAUGGGAGACAAUCACGGAUUGGUUGAUGCCGGAGUUUGACAACUCAGUGGACGGGGAGUAGGCACUGCAGAAGUUCCGGUUGGUGAGGUUGUCGGUCGAUGGUGACCCACUGGUUCUGGCUGUGGAGCUUACCAGGUUGUUACGCCGUGCGCUGCUUAAUCUGGAUGAACAGUCGGAGGUAAAGUUAUUGGCGUCGUAGUUUGUCGAGAGUGAGCCUGCCACCGUUUUCCAGCAGCUGAAACCAGUAAACGCAGCAUAAUCUAUGGAUAUUAGUGAACUAACGAAGGUGACUCGACAGCUGAUGACACGAACAGUAGCUCCAGUUGGGUGAGGAAAGCAGGAGAUAAAUAUUGUCGAGAAGAAGAUUGAAGAGCUGAAGCGUGAGAUUGCGACAAUAAGGGUGAAUCAUAAAAGAUAUUCAGUCAGAAUACAAUCAUCAGCAUAUUGAAAUCUUAGUUCAUUUACCUCAAUCGACAUCAUGUAUAACAAUAUUCUUCUUGCAACCACGUUUAUUAUUCUUUCACUUCAUGCUUCAUACGCUGCUCACAUGAACACAAGUCUAACAGCUUCGUUUAGUAUUGGUUUAGGAAUAACAACAUUUGAUGUAAUUAAACAAAUGGUAUUAACAUCUAUGACUCAAUCAAAUAAACCAACUAGUCCAUUAUUGUUUAAUUUUACGGAUCCUCAGAAUACACUUAGCAAAUGGAUUGAAGUAUCCGAUACAGUUCGAGUUGAAGGAAGAUCUAAAGCUACACUUGUACCACAUAUUGGAUAUAAUUAUCGAUCAGCAAUCUUCUUUUAUUUACUUAAUCCACAACCAAGUGGUGCUUGCUUUGCUGGUGUCGACUACAUAUUAGAUGCUUGGGAUUUGUCAGCAUAUACAGGUGUUGUGAUUGAUCUACAUAGACAAGGUCAAAAUUCUAAUUUCAAAUUAAUCUUCUAUGGAAACUGUUCAGAAAUAUUCACUUGUCAAUCAUAUGAGUCAUUUUUCGAGACAUCUGGAGAACGUCAACAAAUAAAAUUACCAUUUAGUACAUUCAAACCAUACUUUCGUGGAGAACCGAAAUUUGAUUUACCAUCUUUAGAUAUAACUCAACUAUCACGAUUCGGUAUACAAUCAUAUGGUGGUAUCUAUGCACCGACAAAACAAUUUGGUCCAGGUUCCAUUGAAAUAUUCACUAUUUCAGCAUAUAAGGAAGAUCAAGUGCCAGCCUAA